UGAGGAACAGGUGGGCAGAGGUUAUUAAGGUGACUGUUCAGAAUGUGAAGGCGUUUUUUGUGAGCUCGCGGGGACGAGCACGUGUGGUUUCAUUAAUUCACUAACAUCACAGAGAGAAGCUCGUGCCCGCGCUCCAGCGGCCGCACGUCGUCUUCUCCGUCUGUGACCGCGCGGCCGCGAGAGCGAGCGUCAGGAUCCAAGGACGGACCGCGGGCUCGCGAGCUUCAGGUCAUCUGAAAGUCCGCGAGCAUCAACCGACAGACACCGAGUUACCGGGACCGGAGCUUCAAACGCGGACUGAUGAAUCCCCCGGAGAAGAAGAAGAGCAGAGCAGGGAUGUUUUAAAUGAUUUAAUUUCCCAGAGAGGCGGCGCGUGAUGAAGACACGGUGAAUCAACAGGACGGAGCGCGAGAGCAGAUCAACAAUGUCAGCGGGUUUAAACUGUGAAUGAAAAACAACAUUUCAUCGAUCAGAGAUCAGUUAAUCCUCCGAGCCGCAGGCUUUAAUUUCAUUCCUUUCUUUAAAAUAAAAAAGACAAACACCUUUAACCUGAAAGACCCCGAGGCACCGGACCGGACCGGAGGAGGAGGACGACCCGCUGCCGGUACCGGGCUGGCACUGGGAAUACUGGGAGGUGACGCGGCUCUGUAACGGAAUUCUGACCCCAGAGAAAGAUUUUCCAUCAGAAGCAGCAAACAUGGAGCUCCGGGGGAUGCUGCUCCUCACCGUCCUGCAGUGCUGCUCAGUGGCCCGUGGCGGCUGCGAGCCUCGGCUGGUGAACGUCGGCGCCGUGCUGAGCCAGAAGCGCUACGAGCAGGUGUUCAAGGAGGCGGUGAGCCAGGCCAACGCGCUGUACGGGAGGGACAAGUUCAAGAUGAACGCCAUCUCUGUCACUCACAAACCCAACGCCAUCCAGAUGGCGCUCUCCGUCUGCGAAGACCUCAUCUCCAACCAGGUGUAUGCGAUCCUGGUCAGUCACCCUCCACAGUCCAACGACCAUCUGACUCCGACUCCCGUCUCCUACACCGCUGGUUUCUAUCGAAUCCCCGUGGUCGGCCUGACAACACGCAUGUCCAUCUACUCUGACAAGAGCAUCCACCUGUCGUUCCUGAGGACGGUGCCUCCGUACUCCCACCAGGCUCACGUCUGGUUCGACCUGAUGAGGGAGUUCAGGUGGAACCACAUCAUCCUGAUCGUCAGCGACGACCACGAAGGACGAGCCGCUCAGAAGAGACUGGAGACGCUGCUGGAGGAGAGAGAGACCAAGACUAAAAACAGGAACUAUGAAAACCUCGACCAACAGAACUUUGACUUCAGGAGAACACCCAAGGCGGAGAAGGUGCUGCUGUUCAGCCAGGACACCAACCUGACGUCUCUGCUGCUGGAAGCCAAAGACCUGGAGGCCCGAGUCAUCAUCCUCUCUGCCAGUGAGGAUGAAGCUGCAGCCGUGUACAAAGCAGCCCGUCAGCUCAACAUGACCGGCUCCGGUUACGUCUGGCUGGUCGGAGAGAGAGAGAUGACCGGCAAAGCUCUGAGUGAAGCUCCAGAUGGCCUGCUGGGCCUCCAGCUGAUUAACGGUAAGAACGAGUCGGCUCACAUCGCGGACGCCGUGGCCGUGGUGGCACAGUCUCUGCAGGAGCUGUUUGAGAAAGAGAACAUUACAGAGCCUCCGCGGGGCUGCGUGGGAAACACCAACAUCUGGAGGACCGGACCACUCUUCAAACGGGUGCUGAUGUCAUCCAAGUACCCCGACGGUCUGACGGGACGGAUAGAGUUUAACGACGAUGGCGACCGGCGCUUUGCUACCUACAGCAUCCUAAACUACCAGCAGAAACCAGGUCGCCUCGUCCAGGUCGGAGUCUUCAACGGCUCACAGGUCGUGAUGAACCCUCAGAGGAAGAUCAUCUGGCCCGGAGGAGAGACGGAGAAACCAGUUGGAUACCAGAUGUCGACUAAACUGAAGAUUGUGACGAUCCAUCAGGAGCCGUUUGUUUACGUGAAGCCAACAAAGACUGACGGGACGUGUAAAGAGGAGUACACCGUCAACGGAGUCUUAAUCAAGAAGGUGAUCUGUACCGGACCCAACGGGACCACCCCAGGUCAGCCCACCGUCCCUCAGUGUUGCUAUGGUUUCUGCAUCGACCUGCUCAUCAAGCUGGCGAUGAGCAUGAACUUCACCUAUGAGGUUCACCUGGUGGCUGAUGGGAAAUUUGGCACACAGGAGCGAGUCAACAACAGUAAUAAGAAGGAGUGGAACGGGAUGAUGGGGGAGCUGCUGGGAGGUCUGGCCGACAUGAUCGUCGCUCCCCUCACCAUCAACAACGAGCGCGCUCAGUACAUCGAGUUCUCCAAACCCUUCAAAUACCAGGGGCUCACCAUCCUCGUCAAGAAGGAAAUCCCUCGCAGCACUCUGGAUUCAUUCAUGCAGCCGUUUCAGAGCACACUGUGGCUGUUAGUCGGUCUGUCGGUCCACGUGGUGGCAGUGAUGCUUUACCUAUUAGACCGGUUCAGCCCGUUUGGAAGGUUUAAAGUUAACAGUGAAGAAGAAGAAGAAGACGCCCUCACCCUGUCCUCCGCCAUGUGGUUCUCAUGGGGAGUACUGUUGAACUCUGGGAUAGGAGAAGGAGCUCCCAGGAGUUUCUCAGCGAGGAUUCUGGGUAUGGUGUGGGCAGGAUUCGCUAUGAUUAUUGUAGCAUCAUAUACUGCCAACCUGGCAGCCUUCCUUGUGUUGGACCGGCCUGAGGAGCGCAUCACUGGCAUCAAUGACCCCAGGCUGCGUAACCCAUCAGAUAAGUUCAUCUACGCCACAGUGAAGCAGAGUUCGGUGGAUAUCUACUUCAGACGGCAGGUGGAGCUGAGCACCAUGUACCGGCACAUGGAGAAACACAACUAUGAGAGCGCUGCUGAAGCCAUCCAGGCCGUCAGAGACAAUGAGCUUCACGCCUUCAUCUGGGACAGCGCUGUGUUGGAGUUCGAGGCUUCGCAGAAGUGUGAUCUGGUGACGACAGGAGAACUUUUCUUUCGUUCCGGAUUCGGGAUUGGGAUGAGGAAAGACAGUCCUUGGAAACAGAAUGUUUCUUUGGCUAUUCUCAGCUCUCAUGAGAACGGCUUCAUGGAGGAUCUGGACAAGACUUGGGUUCGAUAUCAGGAGUGUGACUCCAGGAGCAACGCCCCCGCUACCCUCACCUUCGAGAACAUGGCAGGUGUGUUCAUGCUGGUUGCCGGUGGCAUCGUCGCCGGGAUCUUCCUCAUCUUCAUUGAGAUCGCCUACAAACGACACAAAGACGCUCGAAGAAAACAGAUGCAGCUCGCCUUCGCUGCCGUCAACGUCUGGAGGAAGAACCUGCAGGAUAGGAAAAGUGGUAGAGCAGAGCCCGAGCCCAAAACCUCUUUUAGGUCCAUCACUUCGACCUCCGACCUCAAACGGCGUAGGGCCUCCGGGGACGCCACGCCGUACCCGACUGACAUCACGGGCCAGCUCAACCUAUCAGAUCCCUCCGUCAGCACCGUGGUCUGAGAGAGAGAGAGAGAUAGAGAGAGAGAGAGAGAGCUUCACUGCUGCUGCUGAGCCACACACUUACACACCGACCCUCUGGACACACACACACACAUUAUAUAUACACACAUUAAACACACUGAGCGUCCUGUGAGACAGGAAGGAGAUGGCGAUGGCAUCUGGACUUUUGGACGGCAUCACAAACACCAUCUGUCAUCCCAAAACACACACACACACACACACAAACACUCGCCUUGCUCUGCUUGUAGCCGUCAGCCUCCUCCACCCAGAGGGUCUUUUAUUUUGAAAGAACUGCUUCGGAUUGCUUUUAUUUCGAUUGAUGUCUUCGAUGUUGUACGGUUGAUUCUGUUUCCUGUCAGUCUCACUGGUUGAUCGCACUGACUCAUCGAUCCUCCGGAUCAGUUUUUUUUUUUCUCACUGGUUCAUCUCUCCCCGGGCGACUCGAGCUCCUAAAAAUCCCAACUGACGUUUCCUCCGAACGGAGUCACACGGAACCCGUCGACCCGUCAGGGACCUGUCGACAGGGGAACCAAUGAUCAGGGACCCGUCAAUCGAUCGGGACCUGAUCCCUGAUCAGAGUGUGGUAGGUGGGCCGAGCCUCUGGGACAGGAACUCUCUUAGAUACAGAACUACAGAUGUCUCCUGGGAUCAAAUUUGCGACUCCUACCAUGGCGAAUGUUUGACACGCCCUACUCUUCCUCUGAUUGGCUCAGCCUGAUGAUGAUGAUGUUUCUCACGUAGCCCUCGCUGAAACAACAGGAAGUGCUUCUGUUAAGCCGUUCUUCUAAAUGCAGUCCAUCUUGAUAGCAGAACAGCAGGAACUUCUGUCAUCGCCAGGCUGAGCCAAUCAGAGGCAGAGUAAGGCGGGUCAAGCCUUCGCCAUUGUAGGAUUCGCAAAUUACCCUCCCGGAUCAUUGAACCUGACACAAGGAAUCCGUCAUGGCUUCUCACCCCUGAGGUUCACGGGCGAUGUGGUCUUUAGAGCGCUUCCACCAAACUGAGGGUGAAAUGUGAUUUGUCCAACACGUCCUCAAACCUAAACGACAAAAAAUCUUAUGCGAGCGUUGGAAAGUACCAGUGCAGCGACGUAGAUAAGUCACAUGAUGUUUAUCAUUUACAUUUACUUAUUUGGCAGACGCUUGACUUACAUUUGAGGAACGACAUACAAACAUCAACAAAGCAUCAAAUACAGCACGAGCUCUACAGCUGACAAUACGUACUGGAGCUAACGUAAGUCACAUGACUUAACUUACGUCACUUGAGUCACAUAAGCUAAAUCACGUGAGUAAGUUUGUGACUUACGCUACUUCCGUCGCUUGAGUCGUGUCACGUUACUUACGUUACAAACGUCACCUGACUUUGCUCAUGUCGUGAGAUACGUCACGUGACUUUGCUCACAAACACAUCAUGUGACAACAUUACUUAUAUGUAAGCUAAAUCACGUGACUUACAUCCCGUGACUUUGCUCACGAUCACAUGGCUUACGCUACUUACGUCACUUGAGUCGAGUCACGUGACUUACGUUACUUUUCUCAUGUCGUGAGAUACCUCGCGUGACUUUGCUCACAACCACAUCAUGUGAUAUUACUUACGUCAUGUAAGCAAAUUCGCGUAAGCUAAAUCAUGAGAGUUACGUCACAUGACUUCGCUCUCGUAAUAAGUAACAUAAGUCACGUAAGUUACGUGACUUGACUCACAGCGGAUUUGUCAGGACGUAACUCAACAGUUUGGUCCAAUGAUUCAGGAAACUCGUGCCCCCCCCCCAGUAGUUAUAAACGUACAUAAAGACUUAAUAAAUGGUUUAUAACACGCUAUAAUUUAGGUGUAAGCAGACAUGACAAAAUAUUUCUUCUUCACUCUCAUGACAACUGAACAAACUCCACUGAUGAAGACCAUGAGCUGCAGCUGAAAGCUCUGGAAGAUGUCUUGCUUUAGAGGAGAAGUUCUUACUGUUGUCAUUUAGCAGUAAUAAAGUCUGCCGUGUUGUAAAGCAUUUAUCAAGUGUUAUGAAUGCUAAAAAGAGGAGUUAAAGUGUAAAAUUAACAAAAAAUUUCUAAUAUUAUAUGAAAUCAUCCCAGCAGCUCUAACCUGUACGUCACCACCUGUUUACAUAAAGACACUUUUAUAUUUUAACUUCAAUAAUUAAAGAAAAGUUUUAGAUCUUCUGCAAGCAAAACUAAAACUUUGUGUUCAUGAUUAAUUACUGAGAGAUAAAAUCUGAUAAAAUAAUCCCUGGAGACUUCGUAGAAUCAAUCCGUUAUCACAGGUUUUACAAAGGUGUUAAACGUCUCUGUUUUGCAUGAACAAUUAUAUUUUAAACCACACUGAAAAUCAGAACCGUUGUAAUAAAUCCCAGAUCACAGGUGGAGAAAAGGUGCAGACUUUUAAUGUAACUGUAAAAUGUGAAUUCACACUUUAAGUUUAUAUAUGUGUGUUAUAACUUAAACAGAGAGACAGAAUCUUGUUCUUAUUUUGAAUACUUUUAUUUAAAUUUCUGAAACGACCUUUUGUUUUGACAGAACAGAAAAUGAGUUUGUCCAAGCAGGAAAUACAUUUGAUGUCCAGAAAACUGACGUCAUGAGUCCAUAUUUUUUUAACUUUGUACAUUUUAUAUUUUUGCACAAUAUUUAUUUAUUUAUUUAACUCAAUUUAAGUCAUGUUUUCUACAAAUUAUUAGUUUUUGUUUGUAUAUUCCCUUAUCCUGUAAAUGACCAGAAUUUACAGGUUAGAAAAUACUUCCUGCACCAGAGGCUCCGCCCACUGUCCCCCGACAGUCCCACUGCAUGAUGGGAAAUGCAGUCACUGCUCCACCUCCACUGUGUCUCUGCUGAUGAUGUCAGUCUCUGUCUACCUCCACAACACUGUAACUCCAACCUGCCAACAACAGAAACUGAUGUCCUGUGAAAACCUCCUAACUCCUCACAGGCCUGCUCACACAGGCCCGCUGGAGUUAGGAGGUUUUCACGCUGCAGAAGCGACGUACCUGCCGUCUCUAAAAGUUAACCUGUCACUGAUAGUUAAGGUUGUUCUGUAGAAAACACACAUGUGCAUGAUCAGUACAACGGGCCUGAGCUGGGAGCCUCACUGAGAACAAGGAACGAUCCUGUUAAUGUCCUUUUUAAAGUGUUAGAACAUUAACUUUAAAUCUUCUGUAAAAUAUUGAUGAAAAUCAGCCUGCAGAGACUCCAAACUUCACACAGUUUGUCUUUAUUAACACUUUUUUAGCUAAAUGUGAUCCAGGUGACUUUGAAUGAGAGUUUAGUUACAGACUUAAAUUUGAAAAGUGUAAGAAAAACUCCAAAUAACUCAGAAACUACUGCUGUUUUUAUUGGACCAACUGAAGAUCAACAUGGCUAACACUUAGAUAGCAGCUGAAGCUAACAGGCUAGUCGUUUGUUUCUCUGACCCACAUGGAUAAUACAAUAUCUGACUGUGACUCAGGCCAACUGGCGCUAGUGCUCACACAGGAGCUAAAGCUAACAAGCUAGCCCAUCUCUGAAUGACACUGAUAGCUUGAUCACUGAGACCAACACUGCUAAUGCUAAUACUGUUGGACCAGCUAACUGUAAUCAUCCUUUUCCCGUCUCUAAGCUACAGUGAUAGCAUUUCUAUGCCUUAUAAAGACCAUCACAACUAAUGCUAAUAGUUGGCUGAUACUACCUCAUAUGGCUAACUGUAGUCGUCCUUUUUUGGUACCUAAAGUGCAGUGAUAACAUGUUUCCUGAAUUUAUCAAACUAAUGCUAAUACCACUGCUAUGCUAAUGCUACUAUACCAGGUAAAGUUUCCCUAAGUUGUCUGUUCCCCGUUAAUAAACUACAGUGAUAAGAGGAUUUCUAAAUAUUUAUAAAUCCGUUUCCCAAGUGUUAAAUGCUAAUACUAUAGCCAUAUAUGACCCUAAACGAUGGACUUUAGCCUAAUAAGAUUAUAAAUAUUAAGUGCCAAGUCGGAGAUGAUAUCGUUUUAUCUUGAACGUAAACAAAAUACACAAAUAAGAAACUUGUAAUAAUGAUUUCAUGACACGACAUGAACGCAGCAUCGCCCUGAUGGUUUCCAAACACCGGGCGGCGGGACGGUAGCUGGCCACCACACAUUUGUUACCAGGCCAAGGAAACUAUAUGACUCGGUGAAAAAAAGUAAUAAUUAUUUAAACAUUGUCAGCUAUCUGUACUUUGAACCAAAACAGCUAGUGCUAAUUUACCAUAUAGGUCUAACCAUGGGUUUCUAUUCCCAUCCCUGAACUACUGUACUAACAGGGUUUCUAAAUAUUUGUAAGACCUACACAGCUAAUGUUAAAUCUAACGCUAAUGUACGAGACAAGGCUAAUUGUUAAUUGUAAUUUCAAAUCCACAGUGAUAGCAGCCUUUUUGAACGUUGAUAAGCUGAUGCUAAUUUUCCAGAUAAGGCUAAAGUGGGUUGGAAAGUAGUGAUAGUUUCCUGUCUCUAAACUACACUGAUAACAAGGUUUUAGAAAAUGACAAACAUGGCUAAUGCUAAUGCUAAUCAUGUGUACCAAGUCUAACAGGCUAGUAACUGUAUAAAGUACAUAACAGCAUUUCUAAACACAAUGAUGUUACACACGCACGCAACACUACAAACCAUUGGUUAUGCUAAUGCUAAAGUACCAGAUAAGGCUAUUUAAUCACAUCAAUGCUAAUUCGAAAGCCAGUGUACCUCAAAAGGCUAUUUUAUUAUCCGUGAUUACGAUUAUCCCCAGAGUUUUACGGUGACAAUCAAUCAAAUCCAAACCCCAGACAUGUUUAAUUUAGUAUCAAUAAAGACAAAAAACCCAGAAAUGUUCACAUUUGAGAAACUAGAAAAAUGGUCUUUGUGGCUUAAAUGAUCAAUAAAAACGUACAGUUCUGCAGUAGGCAGCGGUGGAUGAAGUAUUCAGAUCCUUUACUAAAGUAAAAGUACUAAUACCUCACUGUAAAAAUACUCUGUUACAAGUAAAAGUACUGCAUUGAAAAUGUUACUUAAGUUAAAGUACAUAGGUAUAAUCCGGGAAAUGUAGGCUACUUAAAGUAUUAAAAGAAAAAUAUUCCCUGUGACUGUUAUAAUUAGAUCAUUACAUUAUUAUUCCUCAUGCAUAUAAAGCAGGAUUUUGUUGAGGUUGAACUGUUUUAUAUCAGACUGCAACUAAUGACUUUUAUCAUUUUGAAUUUAACUGCUUAAUAUCUCCAUUAAUUGAUUGUAAAAAUGUUGAAAAUGGUGAGAAAUGUUGUCCGUUACCCGGAGCACAACGUGACAGUCCAAACCUCAAAGUGAUUAAAAAUACAUUCAAAUAAUUAAAAAGAAAAAGCAGCAAAUCCUCAAAUGUUUUUACAUGAAAAAGACUUCAAUGAUUAUCAAAAUAGUUUCCAUCAAAAUGUUUGUCAAUCAACGAAUGUAGCAGCUGUACUUGUAUAAACUUUUGGAGUUUAAUUUAUAACAAAACAUAUUUUAUAAAGUCUUCAUGUGUAUUGUGUGAGUAGAAAGUAAGAAAAUACUCAAAGUACAAAUACCUCAAAUUUGUACUUAUAUGGUGUAAAGGUACUUAGUUACUGUCCACCACUGGCAGUAGGAAGUUAACCACAUGCCUAAGGGCUUUUAUUUUGAAGGUUUUUUUCUUUAGUUUAAUGUGAAAACGAGCGAGCAGACCUGAUGCAAACGUCUCUGCUGCUCUCAGAUCAGAUCCUCCAGAGAUCAGCUGGACUCUGGGGGACAAAGAGUUUUUCUGUUCCUUCAGUUUAUUGGAUCGUUUUCAUCAUCGUGGUCAUCGUCACUUUCUCUGCAGGCUGAUUCUCCAGAGACUCACAUUUUACUUCCACUUUAAAAAGCUCCGGUUUGUCUCUUUGGAGGAAACGAGCAGAGUUUAAACUGAAGUGACCCGACGUGAACGCCGCAGGUCUGCUCAGGUGGAAGAUCAAUGUUUACUGAAGAAGAAAUAUUGAUUUUAGCUGGAGAGCAGCUGACUGCGGCCACAAGGGUUCAAAGAUCUGCAGCCAGAAUUAUUUCACUGUCGUACAGAAUAAUCUGUACAUGUUCUCAGUGACGUUCGGCUCGGUUCACUUCACAUUUUAAUACUGUUUUACAGGUGAGCUGCACCUGCCGGGGUAAACUUUAUUUAUCUGGUCUUCUUGCUGAUACGAGUUUAAGAGGGAACAAGAGAUCCUCUGAUGCUGAUGAGCCGCAUAUUCAUGAAACAACACGCCGUUAUUUAAGAGCUACAUGUGAUGCGUUCACUUCCACCCAGGAACAUGAAUACAGAGCUUCACACUGUUUCCCAGUUUAAAACAUUUCUUUUACAAUAUUUAGUCUUGUGAUUUAUUUAUUUUAAUAGCAGCUGACCAACAUGUAUUAUUACAUAUUAUUCAUCCUCAGGGCGCCACGCCGGCGCUGCUUUGGUAAAAUGUGUAGAAAGACUGGAAACUGGGAUGAAAUCUGAGUUUUAAGGUUCAAGGUUGUUUUUUUUUUUGGUCGCUACACACCGCAGGAUUUCACAACGACAUGCAGCUCCUCGUCACUGCACACACAACAUGAGGAAACCGCACAUGGCGUAAUCAGAACAAAGUCUACAGUCGUAGCACUGAGGGAGGAAAUGAAAACUAUAUUUAUAAAAAAAUAAAUAUGUGCAACAUCAGAGCAGUAUGCUGAGAAACGCGAGGUGAGAACGCGAGUAGGGCAGAAGUUCUGUAUAUGUAACGUGCAGAACGUGGCGUUUAUUUACGGCGUCGAGGAAGUCGUGGGAAUUUAAAAUGAGAGAAAGCCGAUCCGUUUAUGUAAUGUUGAUUUAACCUCAGGUCUUUGUUACUGUGAAUAAGAAUCUGUUCUUGAACAACUCGCCUGGUGAAAUAAAGGUCAAAUAAAAAGCAGCCGGACGUUUAAACGGCGGCAGCUUUCAGACUCGCUGAACUUUAUUUACUGUCCUUCCUUUUUUAUCUCAGUAAACUUCACCUCUCUGUACAAACACCGACCCCGCACACAAUGCAGCGCGUUGUAGAUAUCGUGUGACUGCAGCCUCGACAGGAAGUCUUUCAGGUCACGCUUUAGCUUUCUUUACAUGCUAAUGCUAACAAGCUAACCUGUGUGUAAAAACGUGCCUGCACUGAAAGCUAAAUUUACAACUGUGCAAAAGGGACCCUGAAGGCAACACCUGUGUCAUUCCAUCAUCCUGAGGCCCCGUGUUGUAGAGGGGCCCAAAGGUGGAGUUAAGCGUCUGUUGUUGACUCUGGGUCUGAAGGUCGCAGCAGCCCCCCCGCUGAGGACCUGAUAGAGGACAGGACGCCUCCGUCCACUCGGCCGCCUCCGUCUGCCGCUCAGCACAUCACCGGCCUCCGGCAGUGAGUCUGGAUCUGAUCACCUCCUGUUGAUCGAACGAAUGGAUCUGACUUCUUCUGAUCAGCUGAUCUGAUUGGCCGAGGCUGCUGCUGCUGUCAACGAGACAAGAAGAGCUGAACGCCGUUAGAUCAUCAAGCUGUUUGUCACCUUCCAGGACCUCCUCCAGGACCUCCAGGACCUCCAGGACCAUGUCUUCGUCUCAGAGCAGAUCAGAUCUCAAACCAUCUGGACUCAAACGUUUCUGUUGGUGGCUCCACCGCUGCUCCUCCUCCUCCUCUCCUCCUCCUCCUCCCCUUCUUCCUCUCCCCGUCAGCUGUGGCGCCCCCCCCUCUCCUCCGGCGGCGUCUCGGCGUCGCCUCCUGCUGGUGGUCCUGCUGCUCUGCAGUCUGCUGCUGAUGCUGCUGCUGCUGCUGUGGAACUACCACUGUCUGUUCAUCUCCCACAUCUGCUCCCCACCGGGGGGGGAGGAGGAGGAGGAGGAGGGGGGAGGAAGGAGGGUAAUGACCCCGGGGCCGUGACGGGCAGCACCUCCAGAAUCCGGUCUGAACUGGUUCAGUCCUCACAGAUUUUAGACCUUUUUAAAUCAGCUGCACUGAAAACAACAAGAAGGGAAACUUAAACAAACACAAAUAUAAAUACUCGUUAGUGUUUCUGAUCGGAAAGCAACUCGUCCUCUCACCUUAACCACGAAUACGACCUGUACCACCAGGUCGGCCGCAGGCGUGACUUGAAAUAAGCGGUGACUCUGUUUCACGCGGGACUCGAACCUCGGCCUCCUGCUGAGAGUCCAGUGUUAGUUUGUCCCGUCCAUCAACCCCAAUAAGGUCCGGCUGCGGCCUGUAGCACCUCAAGCCACGCCCCCUCGCAGUAGAGUCUGUCAUGAUUGGCUGCGGGCUGCCUGAUUCGCACCAAGGGGGUAAGCCAGAGGUCGAACAGUGACGCCGACCAAAGCCUGCAUGAGACAUCCCGUCGCACGUGAGAGAUGUUACCGUACUGCUUAGAUAAUAAACUAAAAAAACAACACUGUUAGAAAGCUUUAUUAACAACACGGACACGGGGAGUCACAGCGUCAGCGUGAAGAGAACUUUAAAAAAAGGGACAUGAAAAAAUAUUAAUAGUGCAAAUUUCUCUCAUUAAUACGACACGAAUGUGACGAAGGUCUGGAAACAAAUCAGCAGAGCCGUCUUCUUUUCAGUGGUGCUCGAAGUAUUCAGAUCCUUUACUGAAGUAAAAGUACACUGUAAAAGUACUCUGUCACAAGUACUCUGUCACAAGUACUGCAUUGAAAGUGUUAAUAAGUAAGUAUAAUCAGGAAAAUGUACUUAAAGUAUAAAAAAUAAAAGUGCUCAGUGCAGAAUGAAAAAUGUCCCCUGUGGCUGUUUCUCUUUAGAUUAUUGUUACUUGAUUAAUCUGCUGAUUAUUUCCUCCAUUAACUGAUAAUAUAAUUAAAAUGUUGCCACGGUGACCCAGAGCCCAAAGUGACUCCUUCACUGCGUUUGUUCUGUCAGUCCAAACCGCUCAACCAGUAAAAACACCUUCAAAUAAUCUAAAGGAAAAAUCUUAAAAUGCCGUCUUCCUCACGUCCCCCAUCGGGCCAUACUGGACGCUCGCACCACGCCGCCUCACGCCCCCCGCCCGUCUCCUCCCACCACCUCCUUACACAGACUUAGUCACCCGACUUCUUCUGCCACUACGGGCGGACAUAAGUAAAUGCGUGACGAGCUGCUGCAUCAUCGAGCUGUAGGUGGACGUUUGGAGACAGCAGCGUAAAAACUGAACUGGAGCAGCAGAGGCGGAGACAUCCUGACUUUCAGUCCAGAAAUGUGGAUCCUACAUCUCCCACAAUGCAUCUGGAGAGAGUCCGCCUGGCAAACGCCACACCUCCUGACUGUAUGUUUGAUGACAUCACUGUGACAUCAUCUGGUGGAAUGUUCCUUUAAAAGUGUUUUUCAUAAUAAAAGCUCGUGUCUGCUGAA